UCUUACAGAGCCGCACCUCCUCCAGGAUGCUGCAUAUACCCAGCCUCCUGCCCCAUCACCAGCCUCACCACCCACACCACCCACAUCACCUACAGCUCCACCACCAGUGCUGACAGCUGCCGAUUUACAUCUCUCCCCCAGUAUCACCACCCUCAGAGGAGCAGAGACACCUGAACCCAGAACAGCUCUUUCACUCUACAGGUCACUUUCACAGCUCAGAGAAAUGGAAGGAGGUUUCAUCCUGUGCUUUGCGGCCGUGAUGCUCUUCAUGGCCCCGGCUGUCAAAGCCACAGCUCAUUUAUCAUUUGCUAACAACACACAGGUGAGCAUCACUCGUGCAGGCUGUGGAUCCACUAAAGUGUGUGUGGAGACACCAACCGACUGUGAUCCUGCAGGAAACGACACCUGCCUGUUUGGCUCUGCGGUGGCCGCCGCCCCAGUGGCUCCCAACGGGGCGGAGGUGACCGUCCAGCUCAGAGGAAACUCAACGGGUUACAUCGCACUGGGACUGACUGCUGAUGAAUCUCAGGGAAACACCAUGCUUUUCAUCUGUGCUCAGAACUCCUCGGACGGCGGGAAGUUCUUCUUCAGAACGAUGAAGAGAAACAACACCAGCGAAAUGCUCAGUGCAACGGAGACGCCAGUGAAAGAAAUCCGAGGUUUGGUGAACGGCAGCCUGAUCCAGUGCGAGUUCGUCGUCCCCAAUGUGAACGCCAGCACCACCAGGAACACCCAGGACACCAGCUUCAAGGUCCUCCUGGGGUCCGGUCCUGUUACUGGAAGUAUGAUUGGUGCGUUCGCCGUCGCCCUUACCAGCGGCGUUCUGAACCUGGCCGACCCGAGUGGGAACGGCACCAACACCACCGUGGCACCCACAACAGCAGGAGCCGGUAGCGUUCUCCACUCAUAUGCUCUGCUUCUCCUGCUGGGCGUCGUGGCUCUGUCCUUCACACACAGAGCUUGAGUCCAGAGGACGCCCUGUGGCCUGAAGACAUCUUGGACGCACAGAGGACAGACGAGGGGACAACUGUACAAAUGUUAAACUUAACUUAUCGCAUUACGUUUUGCACCCGUGUGAAAGUUUGAGUUGUAGCUGCAGCAGAAACAGAUGAUAGUUCAGAAGGUAGCUGAAGGUGUUUGUGACCAAAUCACUUUAAUUUCCUGUCCAUGACUUGGUGGUGGAAAAAUGACUAAUUUAUAAAAGAAUGUUUUUAAUGCGUAUGGAUUUAUAGUUUUUAUACCUUUAACAUUUGAUCUUAAGAACACCAUUAUGUUGCUGCUGUUUGUGCUCGCCCUCAUUUAGGAUCAGGCCUUUUAGAGAAUUGCCAGGUCCACACCUCAGGACCCGGGAGGACUCCACUGUGUGAAUAUUAUUAUUAGAAGCUUGAUUCUGAAUUUUCUUCUGCAACUAUGAAAACUAAACUACAGUAAAACUGUUUAUUUCUCGGUGGCACCGACCGAACAUGAUGAAAAGAUUCUGAUUUGAGAAGUGGACUCUGAAUUGUGAUUAUAUGUUUUCAAACUUCAUUUAAAUCUUUUUUUUUAUUUUUUAAUAAAAAGUUAAUUGAUACAAAA